AUGGAGGACGAGACGAGCGCCGUCUCGCAGCUGGGCUCGCUCGCCCUAGGCAAUCUCCUUCAGGAGAUCGGCGUCGAGUCGGAGGCGGGCAUGGAUCGACUGGGAUUGGGGCCGCGUCCUUCUGCCGUCUCGAGAGAUCAAAUCUACAAUGAUCAGUUCGAGGACGAUGACGAUGAAGAGCUCAGGGGGAUGGCAGGUGGUCAGCAGGCAGAGGAAGAAGAUGCAGCGGAGAAGGAGCGACUGGCCAGGGAGAGGCAACUGCAAGAUCGCUACUUUGCCAAAGGGCUGGCUUCGAUGCAGAGUAAUCGUCCUGGGAUACGAGGAGAGACGGAUGACUUUGAUGACUCAGAGGACGACGAGGACGAGAGACCUAUGCCAGCGCGCGCUCAGGAGGAGCAGCCGUUGUCGCUACCGAUGGCGUCACCCACUCCUCGAAUCAAGACGGAGCCAGAGGAAGGCCUCGACGCCUUUCAGAGCGCACGCUCAUCGCCAUCCGUUCGCACACCUACACCGCCGCCUCCGAUGCGAGACGUACGCGACUUUUGGCCAGACUUUGAUCCAGAGGCCAUCCUUGAUUUCACCGACUUCUUCGCUGCGCCGAGACGAAAGAAGAGGAGAGUGGCGCCGGGGAAGCAGCUCAAGAUGCAGGCAGCCAAGGCGGCCCUACAAGCUACGCCGUCGACGGUAGAUCUGGCUCUGCGUCCGUCCGUGGACGCAGGCAGCCAGCCUUCUCACCUCGCGACCAUCGCCGGCGACUUGCUCAAGGAGGAGAGGCGGCUUGCACGCCUUCGACUGGGCAAAGGACACGGCGAUGACAUCGACUUGCCCUCAACAAGUUUAUCACUCCCAGAGCUCGACGAUUGGGAGAAUCGAAUCCUCACCGACGGCUCGACUCUACCUUCCUUUCAACCGGUUGGAUCUAUCUCUCGGCCGCUCAAUCGCAACUUGGCCUCGGACGACUGGAUCGAGGCCAUAAUCUGGUCGCGCGAUCAGGCUCGAGAUCCUCGAAAGGUCGAGCUCAACAGCAGAUUGGUCUUGGACCUCAACGAUGAGGACAUGAUGAUCGAGCGAGUCGAUCCGGACGCAGAGAAGGCGAGGGCGGCCGCCAUGCUAGCGUCGAAUGCUCCCUUGCUCUCUCGCCGAGCAGCCGCUGCUGCCGCGUCACUAGACCCGCUCAACAUGAGCAACGAUGGCUACUACGAGCUGUCACGCGAGCAGAGGCAGCGCAUUCAGAGGCAGACGCUUGGCGCACUUGUCGUCCAACACACCAAGACGGCUCGCAAGCUGCAGCUGCCCUUCUACAAGACCCGCCUCACCAAGACCGAAGCGCGCUCCUUCCAUCGGCCAGCGAUGCAGUUUCCCAUCAACAUUCCGCUCACCUUUUCGCGCGUCGAAAAGGCAGGCGGCAAAAGGGAUCGCAAACGCAGCGCAAAAGAGAAUGCGGACGAGGUCUUCAAGUCCACGAGGGACCUUACGCUCAAGGAGCAGGGUCCCUUUAUCCUCUACGAAUACUCGGAGGAGAAUCCGCCCAUCCCGAGCAAGAUUGGAAUGGGCAGCAUCCUCGAUGCGAAAGACGAGCAUAUACCCAAGCACGACCUCGGCGAGCCAUUCAUCCUCGAGCCCAACGACCAGUCGCCCUUUCUCAAUUUUGGGUCCCCCACCCUCUACAACAACCUCCCGGCCACGACCGACUUCUUGUUGGUCCGCGUCACGACGAAGAAUGCGAACCUCUUUGUCGUCGGGCAGAAUUACCCUCUGUCUGUGAUUCCGGGACCGCACGCCCGCUUGGUGACCAACGCGAUCCGCAAUCGUCUCAUCAUGGUCGCGCGCCGCCUCGUCGAGCAGAGCAAGGGCAAUCGCAUCAAGAUCCAUCGCAUCAUGAAGUACUUUCCCGAUCAGAGCGAACUACAAAUGCGUCAGCGCCUUAAAGAGUUCAUGGAGUACGCGCGCAAGGCUGGUGACCCGAAUCAGGUGACCCUGCCUACAGACGCGGACAUGGAGCGGCUCUUGCCCCCCGAGCACAUUGCAUUGGCCGAGGCUAUGCAGGCAGGGCAGCGUCGGUUGUACGAUGCAGGCUACACGCGCUCAGCGGAGGGAGCAGACGAAGACGAGGACAAGGAGCAAGGCCUCGACAUUGAACAACAACUGGCUCCCUGGAUCACGAGCAAGAACUUCCUCCAAGCUACGCAAGGCAAAGCCAUGCUUCGCUUGCACGGCGAGGGAGACCCCACGGGCCGCGGAGAGGGUUUCAGCUUCGUCCGCGUGAGCAUGAAGGACGUCUUCUUUAAAGCAGGCGAGGACAUCGAAGCCCGCCUGGCCGCGCAAGCAGAAGAGGAGCGUCGCAGCGGCCACAAGUACAAUGUAGCGCGCCAGCAGCAGAUCUAUCGCGAGGAGAUCCAGCGAAUUUGGGAUGCUCAGCGCAGCGCGCUGUCCAACCCCGUGCCGCCCGAGUUGACGCCGGAAGAGGCCAAUCCGCUCCCCACGCCCGAGCCGGAUGAGGAAGAAGAGGAGGCGCAACGGAUGCAAGACGAGGAGGACGAAGAUGUGAAGCCCGCGCUGUCAUCGCUCAACGGCGUAGGAGGCGAUCUCGACCGAGGGAAAGUGCUCCGCAUCCGUCGCCAGGUCAACGGUCGCUGGCAGACAGAGAUUGUGCGCGACCGCAAGAUCAUCCAGUCGUACAUCUCCUCGCGCCUGCGCAUCGCAGAUGAAGACACAGUGACCGACGAACUCAAGCCGACGGGCGACGCUGCAUUGGAUGCUGCUCGUCGCAAGCGACUGGAGGCGGAGCUUCUGUCUCGCAAGAAGAAUCAAGAGCGACGCUUGGCUCGUCACCAUGCCAAGGCCGUCGCAUCGGGCGAGGCGCUACCUGGAGCGUAUCGCAAGUUGAUGGCCGAAAAGCCCACAACGAGUCGUCGCUGCGGCCGCUGUGGGCAGGUGGGGCAUAUGAGCUCGAAUCGGUCUUGCCCACUCUGGGGGCAGGUACCGACUGCAGGAGCUCCGGGCACGGUCUCGUCUGCUUCCGGGUCGAAGCCAUUGGGAUUGGAUACGGGCAGCGCUGGUGGGAGCUUGAUGGGCUUCUUUCCUCCCGGUGCUGCGGCGCCGCCGGGUAUGUUUGCGACGCAUUCGCGCACGCCCUCUUUCUCUGCUGCGGGAAGUGCGAUGAGUCCGACGGUCGGUGGAGCUAUGAGUCCGCCUCCGCCUGGUGCGCCUGCGAGCAGUAGUGGCGGGAAGGGAGGAGGGAAACUGAAGUUGAAGAUCAAGCCGAGGCCGAGUGGGUCGUAG